AUCCACCGCAUCCAGCUGCGUGGGGAGAUGCUUCAGGGAGUUGAAGUCCACCCCGGCGCAAUCGGGAAAGGCGCACUACAACUCCCAGAAUGCCAAGCGGUCUCGCUGCGUAGGCGCGUUAAGGCCCUUUCUGACUUCAAACGGCCGCCAUCUUUCGGCUUAGCGGGGGAUAACGGGGAGGUUGUGUCGGUUGCCCUGGCAGGUUAUGCAAAAUGCCAGCUCCUGUUCGCUUGCGAGAACUGAUUCGCACAAUCCGUGCAGCCAGAACACAAGCAGAAGAGCGAGACGUCAUUCAGAAAGAGUGUGCACUCAUCAGGUCAUCCUUCCGCGAGGAAGACAACACGUAUCGUUGCCGAAAUGUAGCAAAACUUAUCUACAUGCAUAUGCUUGGGUACCCAGCACACUUUGGCCAGCUGGAAUGUUUAAAGCUAAUUGCAUCUCAAAGAUUCACAGACAAGCGGAUUGGUUACCUUGGAGCAAUGCUGCUACUAGAUGAGAGACAAGAUGUCCAUCUACUGAUGACAAACUGCCUUAAGAAUGACUUGAACCAUAACACACAGUUUGUCCAGGGUCUGUCUCUGUGUACACUAGGCUGCAUGGGAUCAUCGGAUAUGUGCCGAGAUCUGGCUGGAGAAGUGGAGAAGCUGCUGAAAAACUCUAAUUCUUACAUUCGUAAAAAGGCUGCACUGGCUGCUGUACAUGUUAUUAGGAAAGUACCAGAGCUCUUGGAGAUGUUUCUGCCUGCUACGAAAAACCUACUUAAUGAUAAGAAUCAUGGUGUUCUCCAUGCUGCUGUUGUCCUUGUCAUAGAAAUGUGUAAACAUAGCCCUGACACACACACUUAUUUUCGCAAGGUUGUUCCACAACUGGUCAAAUCCCUGAAGAAUCUAAUAAUGUCUGGUUAUUCACCGGAACAUGAUGUGUCUGGAAUUAGUGACCCUUUCCUUCAGGUACAGAUUUUAAGGUUGUUGAGAAUGCUAGGAAAAAGUGAUGAUGAAGCCAGUGAACAAAUGAAUGAUAUUCUCGCACAGGUUGCAACCAACACUGAAACCAGUAAAAAUGUAGGCAAUGCCAUUUUGUAUGAAACAGUGUUAACCGUAAUGGAUAUCAAAUCUGAAAGUGGGUUAAGGGUUCUAGCUGUAAAUAUUUUGGGUAGAUUUUUACUAAACAAUGAUAAAAAUAUUAGGUACGUUGCAUUGACAUCACUUUUGAAGAUGGUGCAGACAGACCACAAUGCAGUACAGAGACACCGGAGUACGAUCGUAGACUGUCUCACUGACCUUGAUGUCUCCAUUAAAAGACGUGCGAUGGAUUUGUGUUUUGCCCUGGUUAAUGGCAGUAAUGUUCGAGGAAUGAUGAAAGAAUUGCUCUAUUUUCUGGACCACUGUGACCCGGAGUUUAAGGCUGACUGUGCUUCAGGAAUAUUCCUGGCAGCGGAAAAAUACGCCCCCAACAAGCGAUGGCACAUUGACACCAUCAUGAGAGUGCUCACCACAGCUGGAAGUUAUGUCCGAGAUGACUCUGUGCCUCUGCUGAUUCAGCUCAUCAGUAAUGCAAACUCUCUUCAUUCAUACAUUGUGCAGAAACUUUAUCAGGCUAUUCGUGUGGAUAUUUCACAGCAACCUCUUGUACAAGUUGCAGUGUGGUGUAUUGGAGAAUAUGGGGAUCUUCUGUUGUCAGGAGAGUUUGAGGACGAAAUGCCAGUUCAGAUUACAGAAGAUGAGGUGUUGGAUGUUUUAGAAAAGACUUUGCACUCCAGUCUCUCAGCACUUGCAACACGUGAAUAUGCAUUAACUGCCAUUAUGAAGCUUAGCACACGACUGCAAAGCAGCACAAAUCGCAUCAGAAAGGCAGUUUCUAUCUACGGAAGCAGUUUGGAUGUGGAGCUUCAACAGCGAGCAGUGGAAUACAGUGUUCUCUUUGUGAGGUUCGAUCACAUGAGACCAGCUUUACUAGAACGAAUGCCUCUCAUUCAGAAGAGUGGUACCAAUGGACCUAUAAAUGCUACAGUUAAUGGAGAAGAAAAGGAGGAAGGGGGGAACUUACCAGAGCAAGAGCAGCUCUCCCAGCAAGCCCAGGUUAACAAUUUGCUGGAUCUGCUUGAUGACAGUAAGCCAGCUGUAUCACUGCCUGAGGAAAGCAACGUACACCAAACAAGGGGAGAGCUGCUAGAUCUGUUGGAUGGACUAAAUGUGCCAGACUUGCAGUCAUCAGGUCUGUCAGCUGGACAGCCACAAUUGGUUCCAGAUGGUAUUGCUCCUCCCAGUUUUCAGAAUGCUUCCAGUUUAAAGCAAGGUAUACCUUCCAUUGUUGCAUUCAAUCAAAAUGGGCUGAAAAUAGAAUUUUCUUUUGAACGGUCCAAAGCAAACCCAAAUAUGCUAUUCAUUACCCUGCGUGCAUCAAAUUCCACUGAGAUGGAUAUGAGCAACUUUGUUUUGCAAGCUGCAGUACCAAAGUCUUUUCAACUACAAUUGAUGUCCCCCAGUGGCAGCACCAUUCCUGCUAGGAAUUCUGGAGCAGUCACGCAGGUGAUGCGAGUUCUCAAUUCACAAAAGCACCCAUUGAGGAUGAGGCUGAAGUUGAUGUACAAUCACAAGGAAGUACCAAUUGAGGUAAUGACAGAUGUCAAUGAGUUCCCAACCCAAGCCUGGGAGUGAUUUAAACAGGAAUGUUGAAUCCAUGGACUAGACUUUACACUGUGAUUGCUGGCCAGAAGCUGCUGCAAUAUACAGUCACCUGUAGACAAAGCUGGCAUCAGACUUCACCAGUAUUGAAGAGGAAACUGUUUCCUUCCCGAUAAUUCUACAAGGACAAUAUUUCUGUGUUGGAUCCAUUGUAUUUCUGAGGUGGAAUCUCAUAACAAUCUGUUACCAUGGAUCUGUUUGUAAUAAGAUGUUAAGUAGCUUUGAACAAAAAUAAUACCUACAUGAUUAAGUAGGAACAAAAUCAUGCAUUCAGAACCCAGCUCUUUGGUUUAGCUGAGAAUUCUAUUUAUUAUUUGAAAUGUUCAGAGAAAACAAGGAAUAUUCAUGUUAACGCUGUGACAACUUGUACAAUUUGAUAUAGCUACAUAAUUAAUUUGAGAUUGUUACAUGUCUGUUGUUCCAUUGAUGGUUUUCUUCAGAUAGAUGCAAACCUCUAAAAAAGCCCUCUUGUUCCAAGAAGACCAGAGCCCUCAUGUUGCAGACUCCAUAAUAGGUUCAGGCUUUUGGCAGUAUGAUAGGGUCAUUAUGCCAGCAUUGGUCCUCCACUGUAAUGACCUGUGUUCAUUUAAAGAAUGGAACAGGGAGAAGAGAGCAGUUUCGUUUACAGUCCAGAUUGUAGCUUUCCCCUUGAAGAAAAUCCUAGUGACCGUGAGCCUUUAACCACACAGUAAGCUAUUUUUAAAAAUGCAACACUUCCUUUACUGAAGAUCUGCACUCUAGUUACAAACUUGUUUUGCACUGAUGUGAAAGAUAAACAAAACUCAACACUUGCUACUCACCAAAAUGUCACCACUUAAAAGGAAUGAGAUUUAACUUUUGCGCAUUUUGAAAUGAGUCAUUUUGCAGGUUCUUUGGAACAGUAUGUUGUUAGGCUAUGUUUUGUUUUUUUCUUGUCUAUAUUGUAAUGUGGUACAGUUAUCAUUUUGGUAGCCUUUUUGUUCACUGUUUUCAGAUGUCUAGCAAAAAAUGUUGAUCUAUCAGCAUAGUACAAAGCUGCUAUUUUGAUUAAACCUAAGGCAAGGUUUGUCUUACUGAAGGAGACUUGAAUAUUGUUUUCCAAAAUAGAACUAGUUAAUUUUCUUAUAUGUUCUCAUUAAUUUUUUUAAAUAAAAAAAUCUAAAUUCUAUACACUAAAGACUGAUGGCCAGUAUUGCAGUUUUUGUUAUUCUGCCUUCACCUUCAAAAGGGUGUGGAGUAUGUAGUUACAUUCAUAACUGCAGUUCACAGAUCAAAACAAAUUCCUAAUGCUUUAAGCAAAUUCUGCUUACAUCUGUUUUCUAUUUAUAGACAGAUUAAUUGGGUAGGGAAGGUGAGAAAAAGGGAGAUUAAAUUGGAAUUUUGUUUGUUGCAUUUGUGUCACCCUGUUUGGGUGUUUUCUUUUUGCUUUGUGUAAAUGAACAACCUGUCUUACUGUUCAGUUUUGAAGCUGCUGGUGUAGAAAGUGCAAUGCAAGUUGCAAGGUUUGUGUUCCAGGUUUGUGGGUGUGUGGUGUAAUGGCCAACUUGCCCAUGGCUGACGACAGUAAGCUACAUCAAAUGAGCUCUUAGAGACAACUCCAUAUUUAUUAGUUUGAAAUGUAUUUUGAUGUUUGACUCAGUAUAUCUCCAUUUGGAGACUAAUUAUAUCACUCAGAACUGUCCAUAUUGCAUCACCACUGUAUGCUGCAUUGCAGUUUAGAACAUGACUGUAGUGAAUGGCCCAAGAGAGCCAUUGCGAAGUUAAUGAAAUUACAAAUCCCUAAAUAGUCACAAAGGUUACUCUGCUGAUCACUGUCUGCACCAAAACCCUGCAAGGUUAUAUUUUCUAGAUUGCAAGCAAGGGAAACCCAGACUACUGUAAACCUUGUGUUACCCAAGUGAGAUUUAGUGAAUACUUUUCAGAAUCUGCUCAUUUAAUAAAUGGCCUGGAUAGUUUGGGCCAUCUCCAAUAACACCAGUAUUCAGGCAACAUAUGCCCAAAAAGUAGCACAAUCAAUGGGGCAACCCCAGUGGACAAUGGAUUUCUCUGCAAAACUUGCUGCACCAUCCCGUUUUGCUAUAGAAUACUGUAAGUCAUGUUCACAGUUUAUAUACACUUCAAAGUGUUCAAAUUAACUUUCAAUUUUGUUCAGUGAAUGUCGUACACAGUGGUGCAGACGCAAAUGUAGGGUUGUUAACUUUGUACCCAGUAAUAAAAGAAAAUUAGCUAUGGAUGAUGUACAUCUGGAGAUCUAUGAAAGAUCAGUAGAGGUUCAUAGGAGCCAUUUCAGUUUUGUUAUUACUUCUGUAUGGAGAAUGUAAACAAGUAUUGAUAACGUCAAUAAAUGGCUCAGAACUGAGUGAAACAGAAGUGCAAGGGGCUCAGCCCAGCACAUGGCGUGGAUUAUUGGUUGUAAUUGUUGUGAGGGGGCUUCCUGACUGCAGCCGAGUCAUUAGCUGGUGCAUGUAGCUGUGUAUUCUGUAAUCCCGGCUGGCUGGUGGUUGACUGAGAGUGGUGGAUACAUAUCUAGGUAAUUUUAUUUUAAGUUAAUUUCCUUGAGAUGUACUGAUGAGAUAUGGCAGUGAUAUCUAUUGAGUAUAUCGUGGGUAAAUAGAAAUAAGGACCACCCAUCAGUUCAGUACACUUUGGCAAUGAAUAAAAGUUAUUUUGAAAGCAA